AUGCAGGAUACCCUUCAGCAACAAACAAGAGAAAGUUCAGAACUUCCACCAAAGGUGUCUUUUUUCGGGCACAAGAUGGGUGAUUUAAGUGAUGGACAGCACAAAGAUGGGUACUUGGCAGUCGUUCCCCGGUCCAGACCGGCCUGCACCUGCGGAAACCGGCCGGGUUCCGUUAGGUGCGCUCGUCACGGUUACGUGGUGCCAGGGGAGAAGAAGAAGCGCGUGGCUAGCAAAGAGAUCCUGAGAAGAGCACUAACACCAUCACCAAAACGUUUAGGACUUAGAUGGCUGAAUUUCAGACCAACCCCUAGCAGACUCUCUAACAUGUCCAUGGCUUGA